UAUGUUAUAACUUGAUAUUCAACAUCUUAACCUAACUAAUUCCUGAUUUGAAUAUAAUGCUAUAUUUAGGUUUGGUAGGAUCACCUUAUACCUUAGUUUACAAAUUAUAAAUAGAACUUGGAGAUGUUAUCUUCACUCCGAAUUUCUACUGUACUCUUUUGAUUUGGAAUAAUGUAAACUUUCCUUGUGAUGUGUUCAAACAUGUAUUUACCAGACCAGAUAGUUUAACUGAAGCAUGCUUGGAUACCGUGCAUAUGACUUUACAAGUAGAACUUAGAACUAGUGUUAUUAUUUGUGGAACAUAGUACUAUAAUUUAAACAAAUAAUACCAUAUUUUGGUACUUGUCCAGUGUUUAUGAUGCUUAAGUAUUCAGUACUAUGCUAAACAAAAACUAAUAAAGUAAACAUAUUAGACUUAACUAACCACAUAAUUAUCCUAGCCUACAAUGGAAGACAAAAUUAAUUUUUCAGCUGAGAUUAAAAGUAUUUUCUAAAGCGGGUUAUGAUAAUAAAUGUAUUGGAGCUUGUUAUCAAAGUCAACGGAUUUUGAUGAUCGCAGAGAUUAAAUUUAAUGCAGGAGUUUUGCCUAAAUACGAAGUUAUUCCAGUGAAUGUUUCAAAACCACCAAAGGAAUUUAAGGAAUUAGGAUUACACCUGAGAGUACCUGCACUUUUUCUUAGUUUGGGAAAGAAAGAAGAAUUUGAACCAAUCGAUAUAGCGGAUGAUAUAGUGUUGGAGCUGGAAAGCAGAUAUCCUGGAGGACUUUUGAAAAAUGAAUUAGAAGCUGAAGCAGAAUCUGCCACACGGAACCUGUUUUCCAAGUUCUGUCACUGGAUGCGUGGAGUAGCCAAGGACAGUGGACACUUGGAGACAGAGUUGGCACACCUGGACAGUCACCUGUCGGCUGUGAGCGUUAACUAUCCACAGGCAGAUAAACUGUACCUGUGUGGUGACCGCCUGGCAUUGGUUGAUUGUGAGGUUCUGCCCAAACUUCACCAAGUACGUGUCGCAGCCCAAGAGAUCAAAGGCUACGAGUUACCAAGGAAUCUAACUCACGUGUGGCGCUAUCUACAUUCAGCAUACAGCGACCCAGCCUUCGUCAAAUGUUGCCCCUCGGACACAGAGAUAUUGUUGCACUGGCUGGACACAGGUUCGGUAAAGCUGUCAGCUCGGCAGCAACAGCUACUGGCUGCUUCUAGCGGCAAGCCCCCCACAUUCUCCUUCACUGUGCCGGCCACUGCCACUAGGGUCGAGCUGGAGUAGUGUGUGUAACUUGUAGGGCACAUCAUUAUGAACACAGAAUAUAUUUUUAUUAAAACCAAAUGUAACAAAACUACGUAUGUUUGCUGUAUGAAAUUUAAAAAGAAUAGUAAAUAUUUAUAGUAUGAACCAACACAUACAUGAAUAAAUUAUUCAUGGGGUUUUUUAAAUCACAAUUUACCUUAAAUUUAAUAAUGAUCUUUCUAAGCUUUAGAACUUUAGCUCACCCAGAGAGGCUGUUUUGUCAGAAGAACCCAGCAAUAAAACAAAAACACCAAGUAAAUCCAGAACUGAACUAUUUUUAUAUAUCAAGAAUACACUUACGAUUAACUUGCACUUGUUUUAAAUAGUGGCAUUUUAUUAAAUUAUGUAUUACUUAUUUAAUAUUAGGUCUCUAAUUUUUAUUUUCAAUUUGUGCCUGUAUUCUAUUACAUUCAAAAUUGUAUGAAGAUGACUUGAUCAUCUCAUAAUUUGUUUUUAUCAAUUGUAUAACCAAUUUAGCCUACUAACUAGCAAAAUAAAGUGUUUUAUUCUUUGGUACUAUUAAAUUAUUUGAGUAAACGUUAGUAUUUUAAGAUGUAGACCAGUCAAACUGUGAUUUUCUUAACAAUUUUACAACGUCUUUAGUAAUUUAAAAUAUGUGGCCUCUUUGUGGCCAAUUCUUUUUGCAUAAAGCAUUACCAUCCUGCCAACUUGUAAAAAAGCACAAAAAAUUACUUUUAGUGGAAAUCUUUGUAAUAAGAGUAUU